UCCCAAGACCCCUUCUUAGGAUCCAUAUAAAGCCAUUAUUGUGGAGCUCUGCAACACCCACACUCGUACCCAUCCCAAAGAACAAACCAUGGGCAAUCACCACUCCCUCUUUCUAUUCCUUGUACUCCUCACGCACAGCAACAUCAGCAGAAUCUCUGUUGUCUCGGCCACUCCCUAUCUCUCUCCACAGCUCCAAGCCAAGCUGCUCUCUUCAAAGCCAGACAACGAGACGAUAUACAGGGUCUCCCAGCAACUCUGUUGGAACUGCAUCGGCGAGUCCCUCCAGUUCUUGUUCACUCACAACCUCGUGCGAGCCUCCAAGUGGGAGCUCCCAUUGAUGUGGGACUUCGAACUCGAGCGGUACGCGAGGUGGUGGGCCGGCCAGAGGCAGUCGGACUGCAAAGUGGAGCAUUCCUUCCCGGAAGACGGGUUCAAGCUAGGAGAGAACAUAUUCUGGGGGAGCGGGUCGUCAUGGACGCCGAGCGACGCAGUGGGCAUCUGGGCCGCGGAGGAGAAGUAUUACACGUACGCGACCAACACAUGCGAUGAAGGCCAAGUGUGCGGCCACUACACGCAGAUCGUCUGGAAGACGACGAGGCGGAUCGGGUGUGCCCGCGUGGUCUGCGACGACGGGGACGUGUUCAUGACUUGCAACUAUGACCCGGUGGGGAACUACGUCGGCCAACGGCCAUAUUGAAUGUCUCUACUUCUGGAGUGCUUAUAAGUGGAUGAAUAUACUCUACUUCAUAAUCGUUGAUGCAUGUAAUUGAAUAUAUUAUGUGUCAAUGGCUUAGAUGAUGUGGAGACAACACGUAGAAGCAUUUGUUUCCACUAUAUGUCUUGUAAUGUUAGUGUAAGUUUUGGAAUAUCUAUUUGGGGGUCUCGAAAA